AUGUUCACCUCCAUACUCCUCACCGCGGCCUUUGCCAUCCUCUCUGCCACCGCCAGCCCCGUUGAGCGCCGUGCCGCCGCAGUCGCCAUCCGAGACACCUACCACGGCAUCGACAUCAUGAUCCGCGGCGGCACUCCGCCGGGCCCGGAGUACAUCCAGCAGCUGCGCGUCGAGCUCAACCAGCUGACCUCGAUCGACCACGACGACGUCUUCGAAAUCUCCUUCAACCAGGACGACUCCACAGCCUCCAACAUCGCCGAUAUCAACAAGGUCGAGUGCCGCGCCUACAAGGACGCCGCCGGCGUCGUGUCCGCCGGGGCACCCUUCACCAAGGCGAAGCCUACGCACAUUAGCGAUUAUGGCGCGACCGUUAGCAGCGUCCUCUGCUACACUAUUGAUGACAGCGAGUAG